GAGCAAGAGGAGGCGGAGGAGGAAGAAGAAGAAGAACGAAACAAAACAACAAACUAGUAAAGCCGCCGUGCUUUCUUGCGUGAGUUGCAGAGAUAAACACUUUAUGGAUUUGGAAGAAUAAAACGAGAGCAAAAAUGGCUGAAAAGAAAAGGAGGCGAUCUACAUCCAUGGAGCCUUCCAGUGAGUCUGCAACCAGCUCACAGAGGAGUGUGUCGGGAUCUGCAGCUUCCAGCAAGGCUUCUUUAAAGAGUGACAGAUCCAGGUUUGAGCCGCCCUUCUUUGGGAAUGAACCAGAAAGUUCACAGAGGAGUGUGUCGGGAUCUGCAGCUCCCAGCAAGGCUUCUUUAAAGAGUGACAGAUCCAGGUUUGAGCCGCCCUUCUUUGGGAAUGAACCAGAAAGACCAAUAACUGAGAAGCCAUCCACCUGUCCAGUUUGCAAAGAUGUUAUAAUGGAUCCAGUUCAGCUCAGCUGUCAACACUGGUCAUGCAGAUCAUGUCUCAGCUCAGACAAUGGCCAGUCUGAUUCACCAGCAGAAAACCCUCAAUGUCCUCAAUGUGGGAAGAAAUCCAGAAAAAUACCUAAACAAGAGAAAGACACAGAGGAAGACUCUGGUUACGUCCAUCUGUUGGAGGCAAAGAAGAAAUUUAAAAAAGCAAUGAAAGAAAAAUAUUCUUCAGUCUCUGAAGGUAAUGGUGACAAACCAAGUUCCCUGAACAAGAUCUACACAGAGCUCCACAUCACUGGAGAGAGUGAAUGGCCACAUGAGGAGCACGAGGUCAGGCAACUCAAACCAAAACUGCAACGGCGUCGAUCUUCAAAACAACAAAUGAUCAACCUAAAUGAUGUGUUAAAACCUUUGUCUGAUCAGCACAAACCCCACAGAACAGUUGUGACAAAGGGUGUUGCAGGCAUUGGGAAAUCAUUAUCUGUGCAGAGAUUCAUUCUUGACUGGGCCGAGGAGAAGGCAAACCAAGAUGUUGAUUUUGUUUUCAGUCUUGCUUUCAGAGAGCUGAAUUUAAUUACAGGUGAGAAAAGCCUACAUGAGCUCCUGACUUUAUUUAAUCCCACACAGUCUGACCUCAAAGAUUCAGUGGAUUACACCAAAACCAAGAUUGUCCUGAUCCUGGAUGGUCUGGAUGAAAGCAGGUUUCAGCUGGACUUUGAGGGCAUCAAGAUGAUAACAUCUGUCAGGGAAGCAGCACCUGUGGGUAAUCUCCUAGCAAACCUCAUCCAGGGGAACCUUCUUCCUGAUGCAAAUGUCUGGAUAACUUCCCGUCCAGCAGCAGCCAAUCAGAUCCCUGCAGAGCACGUUGACAUGGUAACAGAGAUAAGAGGGUUCAGUGACCCUCAAAAAGCAGAAUACUUCAGGAGGAGGUUUAGUGAUGACCCGGCUCUUGCUGAAAGGAUCAUUAAACAUAUUGAGUCUUCACAGAGUCUCGACAUCAUGUGUCAGAUCCCGAUCUUCUGCUGGAUUUCUGCCGUGUUAUUCCAGGAAGUCUUUGGAGGAGAUGAAGAAACUGAAAUUCCUCAAACUCUUACAGAGAUGAUGGCGCACUUCCUGUUUGCUCAAACAAAGCGCAGAAACAGAAAAUAUGACAAGACGGCUGAGACAAACAAAGAGAAGCUUCUGAAGACACACAGAGAAUUUCUUCUGAAACUCGGCAAGCUUGCAUUUGAUCAGGUGCUGAAGAACAACCUCAUCUUCUAUGAGGAAGACCUGGAAGCCUGUGGCAUCGACAUCAAAGAAGCAUCCAUCUACUCUGGAUUUUGCACCACAGUUUUUCAGGAGGAAAAAAUCUUUUCCCAGAAAAAAGUCUUCUUCUUUGUGCAUCUGACCUUACAGGAGUUCUGUGCAGCUCUGUACGUCUAUGAGUGCUUCAUCAACAAUGAAACCAAAGAGCUCCACAGUUUCCUCAGUUUAGAGGAAAAAGAACAUACUUUACUUGAACUUCUGAAGAUGACAGUAGACAAAGUUUUGGAGAAGAAAAAUGGCCACCUGGACUUCUUCCUGAGAUUCCUCCUUGGCCUCAUGGUUGAACCCAAUCAGAGAGUCCUUCAGGGUCUGCUGACUCCUCCAGAUUCACGUCAAGAUACUGACAAGAAAAUCUUGACUUACCUCAAGUCUAUCCGAAGGAAGACCCUCUCUCCAGACAGCAGCAUCAACCUUUUCCAGGCCAUGGUUGAGAUGAGAGACCACAAAGUCAAAGAUGAGAUUCAGGAAUAUCUCAAACUGUCAGAUCAUUCAAAAACAGAGUUGUCUCCUCUGCACUGCUCUGCACUGGCCUACAUGCUGCAGGUAUCAGAGAAUGAUCUGGAUGUCUUUGACUUAAAGAGUUACAACACAACAGUUGAGGGAAGAAGGAGGCUGAUACCAGCAGUGAGGAGCAGCAGAGAAGCCAUACUAGCAGACUGCAGAGUGACUGCAGAGUGGGUUGAACAUCUGGCCUUUGUUCUCACCUUCCCUUUCUCACCUCUACGACAUCUGGACCUGAGCAACAAUGACCUGGAAGAUUCAGGAGUGGAGCUGCUCUGUAAAGGACUGUCCAGUCAGUGCUGCAGACUGGAAACUCUGAGGUUAUCUGGUUGCCUGGUGACAGACAAAGGUUGUGAUUCUCUGGUCGUGGCUCUGAAGUCAAACCCCUCCCAUCUGAAAGAGCUGGACCUGAACUACAACCAUCCAGGAGACUCUGGAGAGAAGAAGCUGUCUGAGCUGAGGGAUGAUCCACAAUACCAGCUCAGCAAACUCAAUUUUAAACAUGGUGGAAGUCACAGAAUGAAACCAGGAUUAAAGAAAUAUGCCUGUGAGCUCACUUUGGACCCCAGCACAGCCCACAAGAACCUGCUUCUCUCUGAAGGGAACAGAAAGGUGACCUGGGUGGAGGAGGAGCAGCCAUAUCCUGAUCACAGAUAUCUCUGUCAGCAGGUGCUGUGUGAGCAGGGACUGAAAGAGCGCUGCUACUUUGAGGUGGAGGCGUCAGAGCCCUUCUUUAUUGGAUUAACAUACAGAAGCAUUGGCAGGAAAGGGGAUGUGGACGACUGCAAGCUGGGACACAACAACAAGUCUUGGUGUCUGAUUUGUUCUGAUGAAGGCUGUUUUGUUCAGCACAGCAAACAGAGUGUCUGUGUAUCUUCUCAGUGUUUGCGCUGCAGUCGGGUUGGGGUGUAUCUGGACUGGGAGGACGGCACUUUGUCCUUUUACAGAGUUUCCUCCAACAGUCUCAUCCACCUUUACACCUUCAAAACAGUUGAACCCUUCACUGAAGCCCUCUACCCUGCUGUUGAACUUCACACCAGUUCCUCUGUAUUGUUUUGUCAGCCAAUAUAGAACUUUCACUGCAUUCAGGUGAGCAGCCAAAGAGUGUAGAUUUCCACAGACAUAUUCAUAGUUAGCUGCUCCUAUCUGUUAGUAUCCAGUUUAAAUAGAGCUCCCAGAAAUCUUUUCCUACAGCAGAAAAGUGGAUGAGAAAAAGCUGAACGCUAGAGAGGCUGACAGAGAGGACCAACACACCAGAUUGAUGUGAAUUUAUAUAUUACAUUCUCCACAGAAGCAGACAUCUUUUUAACUUACUGUUCAUUUUCAUACUGUUAUAUACUUUGAUAUAACAGUGAGUUGGUUACAUUGUGCUGUAGUACAGUAAUGGAGAGUGGAGUAAUAUCAGCUGUUCUUGACUAAUAAAUACCAGGGUUCCCACUAGCCUGUGAAAUCUAACUUCCUUAAAAUUAAUUUUAAUUUAUUACAUUUUUACUUCAAAAUAAGUUCCUGUUGUUUUUUUACAUCAGUUUGAGGGACUACUUUAGAAAUGGCUUCAAGAAAAGCAUUUCUAUAGCCUGAUAAUUUCAAGAAAAGUUAAAGUUUUAAUAUUAAAGUCACUUCUGGUUUCUUUCUUUUUUUUUUUUUCUGGUUUCUUGGUGGGCUGUAAACCAGCCUGUCACUCACCAGGUUUAGACGCUGUAGACCUCACAGCACCUGCAUCCUGUACACCUCCCUCCACUGUUGGUGGUCUGCACUGUUACCUGCUCUCCACCCAGAGAGACCUGCCAUCCUCCUGCGUUUGGUGUUGGUGCUCCUCAUUUAGUUUUCAUCUACUUGUAUAGCUAAGGCACCCACGUAACAGUAAAUCAUUCACUGGAGGAGCGAAGAGCAGCAGAUGUGUGCAGACUCUGACAGACAAACUUGGGGAGUGGCUGAGAGUCCCAAGCCUCUAAAAAUAGUGAGGGCAGCCCUCCAUCCUUUGCUUUAUUUCAGGCUGAUCACAGUGAGGCCUGAUGUGAAGGUGAAAAUCAAACAUUGAAAACAAUGAAAGAACACAGAAUUGGAAAUCCACAAUUUCUGAGAACUAAGGGGUGGAUCAGUUCAUCAGUUUUUGUUUUUUUUUAAACUUCUUCACACAAAUUCACAGCUUCUUACUUUUUUCAUCUGUUCCAAGGAAUUUGUCAAGGCUUAAUUUUCUCAACCGGCCUCACCGCAGGUCCAAAAACUGAACGCCGGCCAAAAAGUGAUUUCUGGUAUUUGCCCACAGAUGAUUGGCUGUGACAGAGAGGUUACUGAAACUUGAGGAGAAUGAUGCUGUCUUCAUGUUUUGCAGAUCAUGAUGCUGUCCUGGCUUGUCUCUUUUUCAUAGUGAAAAAUUUAUUUUUAAAUUCAAAACAUUUUUGAUCUCAUGCCAAAAAAUACAAUAUACUUCAUCCACAAUGUUUUUCCUUCCACAGUGAGAUGAAAAUGAAAAUGUAAAUUACUUUUAAGGUCAUAAGACAGAAAUUGUGCAGACUUGUCCAGAUGCAGGCGAUGGAUCAACUUACCCACCAGCUUAUGUUACCUCACUCUUCACUAGAGUGAAUCACAGCAGAGAAACCUUUACUGCAGCUCCUAAUCAAAUUUAUAAGUUUAAGGGAAAAGGAAAAUGCCUUGCACUCAAAAAACAAACCUUAAAAUUAAAAUAAAUUAAAAAAAAAAAAAACUAACAAAAAAAGAAUACAUUUUAAAAAAUAAAACCCCUUUCCCACUUUUAAUCCCACUGUUUAGUUUGGAGCUCCCAUGAUGCACUGAGUGUUUCUUCUUCAAUCACCUCUUUUCACACUCUGCAUGUUUAUACUUCACUCUGCAUUCACUCAUUAGAUAUUAUUAAUCUUUGGCUCUUCCACAGCAUGUCUUUGUCCUGUCUCCCUCGGUUGGAGUUUUUCCUUCCCACUGUUGCAGAGUGCUCGCUCAGAGGGAGUCGCCUGAUUGUACAGUAUAAAGUACCUCGAGGUGACCGCUGUUGUGAAUUAGCUGUAUAAAUAAAAUUUAAUUUAAAUUUACUAUUCUUAAAAACUUUAGCAAGUUUUUUAUAGAAAGUAUUCACAUUGUGUACAGGAGCAGUAAUCACCACAGUACACCAGGCAGUAUAUAAGCAGCCACUUUGAGUAAGUGAAGUACUAUUUUUACACAUAAUAUGAUACACAUAGUACUACCCAACCGACCUGUCACAGAUGUGGCUAAACUCUACAUUUACUUUAAUGACACGUCUUUAUUUAGACGUUUUGUCUUGUUGUCCAGAUUUGUUGUAAAAUGUGUCAUUUGUAGAUAAUCUGUUUAUUUCCAGUAUUAUAAGAAUGUGUUGACAAGCAGAUCAGUUCACUCUUUUGUGUCUUCUUGUUUUUUAUCAUACAGGGAUAUAAAUAGCUGAUGUACCUGCAUCACUUUGUUGUUAGACCUGAUAUGCUUAAGACCACUUUUUUAAAAAAAUUUUUUUAAAAGUCCACCUCCUUGGAAGUAAAAUAUAAAGAUAUGAGGAGUGACUCAAGACUUUUACACAGCUCCAUCGUUCUCUCUGCAUCACACACAAUUUAGAAUUUGGGCCACAGCAGUUAGCAGUUGUAGAGGACAGUAAUUGCUUGCAGCCGCCUGUAUGAAGUACCUUGGCUGGUGUGUGCUAUGAAGGGUUGCCUAAACCCAGCUCAUGAUUGAUGGCUUAGAUCAGGCUGAUUAUCCUGAAUUAGGAUUAUAUCCAACCCAAACCCUCCACACAGAGUUUAUAGUUUGUAUGAAUGCAGGUAUGGUUGCAGCUGCUGGCGGAGAUCUCAUUUUAAACAUUAUUUAUUGAAUGAAUGCGUUUACAUUAGCAUGCUCACAGUAUCGAUGCUAACAUCUUUUUAGGUGAAGUGUACUAUAUUUAACAUCAGUUCAAAAUACAGCUUAUAUUGUUAGUUUGGAAAUAAGACCAACCACUCUGAAAAAUAAUGCACGUUCCUGGUAAUCAGCAGCAAAAAAUAAAAUUAUAAAUAAAAAUAAAAAUAAAAAAAAUUGGGAAAACCUACAAAUUCAGGAAUCUUCUUCUGGGGACCAUGAAUGUCUCUGGAGUGUCUCUAAAGUAAAAAAUUUAGCAGUUGAGAUUUUUGAGCUCAAAGGUUCAGUUCUCCCUGCAAAGAUAUAUGAUGCUAAAUAUUUAUUAAUUCAUCUGCUGUGUAUAAUUGAAAUAUUGUGUUUGGCUCUGUACACAUCAGUAUUUAUCAUGUUUGUGUGUUUGGCCUGAAUUCUGUAGACUCGUGUUUGUAGCAUUUUACGAGACAAACGCUAAAGUUUGUUGCUGAAUUUUGUUCUUUACAGAUCCCACCUACACUAUAUUCACUGUAUAUGCUACUUCAUUAAUUACCUACUUUAUUUAGUAUGACCAUGUUUUGUCAUGUGGUGUAUUCAGUGUUUAAUGUACUCUGUUUAUUCACAUUUUAUUCAUGUCAUCAGUGUUUGGCUGUGAGCUGGAAACAGAAACAAUCUGCUGUGUCUGUAUAAAUGAGGUAAAUAUGCUUCCUGUUUGACAAAUUUAAAACCAUCGUUUCAGUGUUGAUAUGAAAGUUUGAGCUGCUCUCAGGAUGAAGUAAAAGUGGAACAAGCUGCAAAGUGACGUUUGGUUUAUGUGGAAGGAAAACUUUCAGAUGUUUGCUUCAUCUGCAGCCCUGGUUUUCUGUCCUUACUUCAUGCCUCCUGCUUUUAAAGACAUGAAUUACACAAUAAAAUGGUAACAGCUGUUCUAAUGAAUACAUUUAAUGAAGGCAUCAGCAGAUGUGGUGGAGAUGCUGCUCAAUGUUUCUCUAUCAUUUUAUCCCCAUCAAUUUUAAGUUUUUAUCUCAUUUAUACUCAUGAAUCAGAUCCUGCUGUUGGCAGCAGGAAGGAAGAAGAAUGAAAUUGGGAUAUUUUACAGUAAACCAUUCGUAUCUCACUGGCUGCUCUUCCUGAAAGUGAUGCUUUGAGUAUUUGCUGCUUCUUGGAUGUUAAAUCAAUGUAAAACUGAAAGCAUGUAAGAGAAAUAUUUUUCUGUAUUACCAGCUUAUAAACUUCACACCAAAGUAAUUAAAUUUGUGUUUAUAGGUUGAGUGCUUCUCCUCCGUUUCAGCUCUUCACCUGCAAGGUGGAUCGAAUGUGUUAACCACAAACAAACAAACAAACAAAACGUGUAAAGCAAACCUCUGUGUAAAACUGUGAAAUUGUCACCCAGUACAUGAUCUACACAAUCUAGCAGGUGGUGUUUUUAGCUAUAUGGUGUUCAAGCAGGUGCAGCUGUGUGGAAACUGUGUUCUCACAGACACACACUCAGAGUCUGCAUAAUAAAUGGGUAGCAAAUUAUUUAACUCAGCAGGAGCAAAGGGGAGACUUGUGACAAAAAAAAAAAAAUCUGAGGCAGUGAUGCUUUUGAAAUGUUCUUAUUAAUGAUAUUAAUUCAGGAACUACAUGAAACUAAAUCCUCUGAAGCCUCUUUAUGUAUUUAUUCUUUACUGGAAUUUUUAUAGGAUUAUUAUUUAUAGGAUAAUUAAUUUGAAUAACCAGGUUUCAAUCAUAACGAUUGCAUUAGAAGGUACAUUUUUAUCAGUGUCAUGUUCUGUCCUUUGUCCUCAGGUAAAUGGUGAACACAGUGGCAGUUACAUGCUUUCAGCUCUGCUUUGUCUCAUUCUCUGUGAACUCACAGACAAACAUAACGGCUGCUGUUAUGAUUGAGCACUUGAAGCACUCAAUCAUAACAGCAGCCGUUAACUGCCAACAACAUCCUGGUUUGUUUGAACCGUUGUGUUUUGCAGUUCCCUUCCUCCCUCUCUUCCUCUGGUUUAGGCACCAAAACCCUUAUUUAUUUGUUUGUUUGUUAUCAAACAUUAUAUUUUACAAAUCAAAGAAAGCAUUAAAACACCCAGCAGUAACCCUGCUCAGAUUUUUUGUUUUUUAGGGGUUGCAGCACUCUUGACUUUGGGAACCACUAGUCUAGACUCUGACAGGGAAAAUACCAGUGGUUUGCAAUACUCCAGUUUUGCAUAUGUUUUGCAUAAUGCUGGCAACUCUCCUGCUCUUUGUGACAUCAGAUCAGAUUUGGAUUGUUUUCAUUAACAUAACAGAGAAUUUGUGCCAGUUUUUUUUUUACUCGUAUCCACCUGUGAAGGAUUUCCCUGUGUGAUGUCUUUCAGUGCGUUUAAUGGAAGUCCUGGUCACAGUCCAGAUUCAGUUAUUUUCCUUUGUUGAUCCUCCUUCCUCCACACCUGCUGGGUUGAGCAAGCUGACACGCCCUUUGGGUUGGAGUACCUGACUGCUGCUGUUGUGCCAUGAGCCUCAUCAGUCAUCGUAUAAAGAAUAGAAUAGAAUGCCUUUAUUGUCAUUAUACAGGAUAUACAAUGAGAUUGGAGGGCCACUCCUGUU